CGCCAAAAGACAAUUCGCCAUGGCGAAAUGCCAGUGCCGUUUCGCCAAUUAGCGAAACGGCACAUGACACUUCGCCAAUUGGCGAAACGGCAUAAGACACUUCGCCAAUUGGCGAAACAGCACAUGACACUUCGCCAAUUGGCGAAACGGCACAUGACGCUUCGCCAAUUGGCGAAACGGCACAUGAGACUUCGCCAAUUGGCGAAACGUCGCGUGACACUUCGCCACGGCGAAUUGUCUUUUGGCGAAACGACAGAGAUUCUAUUUUUUUAACAAAACCUGGUAAAAGUAAAUAUCUCCGAACUAUGUCUUCCAGAAAAAGAGAAGCUACUGGCUUAAAAUCUGCUCUGUUAACAAAACGAUCGAUAAAAGUUAAAGAAUACAGUGGUGGAGAUAGUUCAAGUGCAGCUGAGAAUGAUUCAAAGUAUGUAAGUGCUAUGCGCAAAGCUGAUGUAUGGGAAUUUGCAACUCAUAAUGAACAAACAGGAAAAGGUGAUUGUAAAUUUUGUUCUCAAUCGAUUAGCUUAAGUGCGGGGUCCACAAGUGCUUUAAGGAAACACUUAAGAAAAAAACAUAAAAAGUUUUUAGCAACUGAAAAUGAAAAUGUUCAGCCAAAAAUUGAUGAAACAUUAAGUUGCAAGAAGUUGCACACAAGUACUCUCUAAAAAAAAUCCGUAGCUUACAAAACGAAUAUCGGUUUUGG